GGUACAAAAUAAUAAUCAAACAGGAAGCCGGUGCGCAGUAUAGAUUCGCAAUAGACGUUAUUCACACGCGAUGAAAUUCAUGGCUGUUUUUUCACUGGCCUUAUUGAUGGCCAUUGCAUCGGUUCAUACGGCUACAACAGAUCACGUUCAACACGCCAUCCGAGCUGGACUGGUGCCAGUUCGAGGUGUCAAUUUGGGUGGAUGGUUGGUCGUUGAAAAUUGGAUCAAUUCGAAAGACCCGCUCUGGGACGGAGUCCCCAGUACUGUUUCCAGCGGAGGAGAAAUGCAAACGAUGAGGUAUCUAGGUCACGAAGUGGGAGAUGCUCGUUUUCGAACUCACUGGGACACUUUCAUCACCGAAGAAGAUAUCGCCAACAUUGCUCGCAAUAGUUUGAAUACUGUACGAGUUCCCAUUGGCUGGUGGAUCCUCGGCUACGACAUCCACGAUCCUUCCAACCAACAAGAAUACAAGACGUUUGCUCCAGGAGGAUUAUACUUUUUGGAUCGUUUGGUCCAGGAAUGGGCCAUCAAAUACAAUGUGGCCGUCCUGAUCGACAUCCACGCAGCUAAGGGAAGCCAAAACGGCAACGACCACAGUUCGCCAUCGGAUCCUGGACAGGCCUACUGGUCCCAGUAUCAGGAAAACAUCGACAACACCCUGGAAGUGGCCCGUUUCUUCGCUUCACGCUACCGUUACACUCCAUCCUUCCUGGGCGUGGAACUCCUGAACGAGCCCACAUCGGUGGACGUUGCCAAGCUGAAAGAUUACUACCUGAGGGCGUACGACACCAUCCGGACGACGACCGGAAACGAUUGCAUCCUAGUCACCUCUCCGAUCCUGUGGGAGCAGAACGCCGGGACCAGCAGCGACUGGGAGAAUUUCAUGCCGUCGCCGGCCUACACCAACAUGUGGCACGACUGGCACAAGUACCUCAUUUGGGGAUUCGAAGGACAGACGGCCGACUGGAUCAUGAACGAAGGUGUGGCUCUGAUUGCCGCCGACAUUGCGGCCUGGACGGGAGCACCGCUGGUCAUGGGCGAAUGGUGUGUGGCCGCUCCGGCCAGUGCCGUCUUCACUGACGUGACGCUGAAGCAGUACGCCUACAACAUCAUCACCACCAUGGAGGCCAUGAAGGGUGGCUGGACCAUGUGGACCUGGAAGCAGGAAGGAAACAAUCCCAGACCGGACGGACAGGGCGGAUGGAGUAUGAAGGAUUUGAUCAACGAUUGUAUUAUGGAUCCGAAAUGGUGGGACAACACCUCCACCGUCUGUCCGUAAUACUGAUUAAUAUCGAUUAAUUGACAGUGUUCCUAUUGUUAACGUCACAGUAUAUGUUUCUGUGAACACUUUUCAGAUGGUUCUAUGUAAUACACUUUGUGCAUAACGAAAAA